AUUGUAACCAAAUGAAGUUCUGUUACGUGGCACAGUGUGCCGUGACACUUCCGAUUCCUCGAAAUGGCCGCUGUUUCGCAGCAGACAGCUCUUCUCUUAUGGAAACAUUCAAGCCUAGAAAUUUCAUCCCGACAAAACAUCAGUGGGUGCCAUUACAUGUUCGGCAUAGCCCAGCAUAGAAUGGACGCCGUGGGUUAGAGAUCAAUACUAAUCGGUGUACGUCAUCCUAAUGCUAUUCUAUAUAAAAUGAAAACAAGUCAGCGAAAAAUUGUCUAUGGUCACCUUUAGGGAAAAGAUCAUUUGGAGAAUCAGCUAGCUAUAAUAAAUUUACAAUUUAUUCGCAGCGUUGACCUAAUCUAGAAAUCGGAGAAAUCUUAUUCUGUUUAAGCACUAUGUUCGUUCACUGAUAGGCAGCUCAUCUUCGUUGAUUUAAUGUUAUCGUUCAAUCAAAAUUGCUUCCGUGCAUAGAAUUAUGAUCAAAUAUCAAUGAAGGCAGAUCCUUCACUAAAUUAAUCUCUGAAAUUAGCUGGAAUUUUCUACGUCAGCUUUAAUAAAGCAUCGACAUGACUGUGUCAAUACUAAUCCGUGCCUGUCACCAUCACUGCUCGUUGAGUCACGCGGAGCACCGCUAUAUUACGUUAUGAGCCCCCGUCUGGCCUCAACAUUGACGUCCGUUAGAGCGCAGUCGUUGUGUGUGUGUGUUGGCUGGGGAUGAUCGACUUGGCGUAAGACGUUGGCCAUCAUUCUUACCUUCUCCAAAUAAUCAACGGGCGCCCGGAUUCGAGAGACGAUACCCGAAUGGCAUCGUACUUUUCUUUUAUAGUAGGAGGAAACUGGCGUGGUGCUUUCUAGGUAUUUUGCCUCCUUCUUUCUAUGUAUAGAUGUCAUCGUUUGGCCGCCGUGUUCAGUAGUAUGCUGGCCGGCCUACGUGCUCCAUGCUCACUUUCCACAGGAGCCACAACGCCCUUCAUGCGUCGAAUGAAUGACUGAUUGACAGAUCAGCCAUACUGACGAUGGUCCACCGAUUCUGCCCCGAUUCAUCUUUAACGAAAUUUAACAAACAACAACUGAAAGUGAUUCACUCAAGAUACUUAUCGGUUUACAGCACGGUAGAACGACAUCCAAAAAUCCAGAAAGGAUGCGGGAUCGCAACGCACCGGGUCGCGACCGACGUAUUGUCUAGGAUAUUGUCGUUGGUCGGGGGCAAUUGUUGGGUUUUGCUGUGCCAGCAUGAAGCGGAGUGUAAUAGUCCGGUGAAAAGCGGUAUGUGAAAGAAGCCUUAACUUAAGAGAAACUUGAGAGAUACGAGAUUUUACUAAGCCGAGUUAUACACUUCAAAUUGCCCCUGGGUCUUGCGGUCAGCGCAAGCGCCUAGAAAUGUGCCCCCGGAAUCUGUUGUCACGGUUGUGCUUUGGGCCAGCCGAGCUGAUUGCGCUAUCUUCAUCGGUAUCAAUUCUUCGAAAGCUAUUUUACAUGAUCAUCGUUCUCAUCUUUAUGCUACUGGUAGCCGACCUGAUCAAUGAAGAUCUGCUUCUUAGAGAACGUCUUCCUGAAAAAAAGCUUUGUCUAACCGUGAUCCUGUUCACGCCGGCAGUACGUGUUCCAUUUCCAUUAUUGAGUAACUUUACAAAUGGCAGAGAAAGCGGGCUUGUGAUCCCAGCACUUCGAGACCGUUUCUAUGCUUACCACUACCAACAUCGCAUAAACGAUUUUGCCUCAAGUAAAAUAACAAGUAUAGCUAACGCCCUAGCAAGCGAACAUAGCACACGCUGUUCCCGUGCCGUCUUCCACGCACCGCAAGUGUCGAAUCUCUUGUUGUCGGCCGAGUUUAUGUACGCGGGAUACUACAAUCUUACUGAGCUGCAGGCUGUACCCAACUUUCAGCUAUCAGACGACGACCGAAUGCGGAGAUAUCGUCUGCGCAAUGAAAUGGCUUCGCAUAAUGAGGCCAAUCUCUAUACUGUACCAUGCAAAAUGCGCAACGCAGCGUCCUACGUUCGUUACCUUAACCGGAAAGCCAUUGAAAACGAUAGUGAACUUCUUGAAGACCUUCAGAACGGCUCCAAUAUUAUGGAUCUCUUCCAGUUUUAUUGGUCAACAGGUCAGAAGCUACCUCGCUGGGUUAAAAUCCGUGAUUUGUUGUUAUGUUAUAAUGGAGUGGUUAAGGAGAUGAUCAAAGGGUUCGAGUACCAGUUAGCUGCAAGCAUUCUGCAGGAUCUUCAGCGGCGACUUCGAGAGUUGACCAAUCCCAAGUACAACGUUAUUUUCCACGUAACGGAUUACGAGGAGCUUUUCUCAAUCAAUAAGUUUCUGAGACUAUUUCCAGAUACGUUUAAUCUAAUACCAGCGUACGCAAUAGAGAUCAAGAUCUUCGAGAGCGGUCGGGUUGUCGUGCUGCGCCAUUACGUGGGACUCGAAACGCAAAUGAGACACACAGAAAGAAUUAAAGUGUCGUCGCUCGAGGAGUUACAGGCACAGCUCAGUAAUGCUAUCGGAUCUUCACAGUCUUCUUCAUCGACCCACUAAUUGGGACCACCGUAUGGAACCCUCAAAACUAAAGCUUGAUUUUCACUUUUGUUGUUACUUCCCUUUUCACGAAAGUCACAAUCUCGAUUAGCCACUUAACCUGAGAUUUAACUUCAACAAUAAUUGUACUAUAAAAGCCAACUAUAUUUUCCUGUACAUAGAGCGUUCACCGUGUCGAUACGCAUAUUGCCAAUUUUCUAGCGGUUCGUCAACGGAAUAAAACUGGUAAGCUCGGAAGAAGCUUUACCGUCUUUACCAAUAAUGAGUUAAUCUAUUUCUUCAACUGGGCAUAGCUGUUCACUACUCUUCUUUAGGAAACACCUUAGAAAAAUGUAUUUGGCGAAUAGGUAACAGCUUUCCACCGUUCCUUUCUUUCGGUUCGUGGUCUUUCUUACUCUGCUCUUUAGACCAUCCAUUUGAGCUGAGCAUUCUACUGAUAUGCUCGUCAAGCGGCAUUGCCAACAGCAAUUGUGCUUUCUUCGAAUAGAGGAAAAGAUCU